AAAGCAAAAGAAGAUAUGCUGUUCUCUUUUCUUUUCUGUUUUCUCGGGCCAGCUCUCUUCUCUUUUAUCCUUUCUUUUUCUUCCUCUCCAGCCUUUUGUACCGACGUCAGUCUUUUGUACAGAAAUAUUCGUCCAUUAAUUUCUCUCUGUUUUGGGUUAGAUUCCACUUGUUUGGCCAUUUCUGUAGCAUCAUUCAUGCUGUUUAUAUAUGUUUUUGAGUUUUCCCUUUUAGCUCAAAAUGACUCUGUAAUUAAUUAAGAUCUCAGCUAAUUUCCCACUGGCUCCUCUCUUUAUAACUUUCAUUGCUCUUUAUAACUAUUAAUUAAGAUCUCUUGAUUAAUAACUGGUACAACUUUCUUCCUAUUCGUCCAUUAAUUUCUCUCUGUUUUGGGUUAGAUUCCACUUGUUUGGCCAUUGCUGUAGCAUCAUUCAUGUUGUUUAUAUAUGUUAGUGAGUUUUACCUUUUAGCUCAAAAUGACUGUAAUUAAUUAAGAUCUCAGCUAAUUUCCCACUAGCUUUGUGGCACAUAGAGGGUUAAAGAUCGACAAGCUGCCCUUGAAUAACUGGGAAUAAUUAUCACAAGUAGAAAGCUUAAUUAUACAUAUAUCACGCAUAUAAAAAUAUGAAGCACGAUGUAUUCAUCAGUUUUAGAGGCACAGACACCCGCUAUAGUUUUACCAGUCAUCUUUAUGAUGCUUUGCAGCGAAAACAAAUUGAUGCUUACAUCGAUGAUAAACUUGAUGGAGGAGAAAACAUCGAGCCUGCCAUCCUGGAAGGGAUUGAAGAGUCGUUUAUUUCGGUAGUCAUUUUCUCUGAAAAUUAUGCAGAUUCUACUUUCUGUUUAAGAGAACUCUCCAAGAUUCUUGAGUGCAUGGAGACCAAACAACAGAUGGUUUUACCAGUUUUUUACCGACUUGAUCCAUGCCAAGUUCAAAACCUGACUGGGAGCUAUGGAGCUGCACUUUGCAAGCAUGAAAAAGAUUGUGGUUCUAAACAAGUAGAGAGUUGGAGACAUGCUUUGAAAGAAAUAGCUAAUCUCAAGGGCUGGAAUUCAAAAGUCAUUAUGGAUGAGAUCAAGCUCAUUGAGGAAAUUGUUUCUGACAUUCAAAAGAAAUUACACCAUGAGCCCUCACCCUCAAUCGAUGCAGAACGCCUUGUUGGAAUGAAAUCACGCGUUAAAGACAUCGAUUCAUUACUAUCCUUUGGAUCAACCGGUGUGCUCAUUGUGGGAAUCUGGGGGAUGGGUGGUAUAGGUAAGUCAACAACGGCUGAAGCUGUGUAUCAUCGAAACUGUAGUAAAUUUGAAGGCCAUUGCUUUUUCCAAAAUGUUAGGGAAGAAUCACAGAAGCAUGGAAUAGAUCAUGUAAGACAGGAAAUUCUUGGUGAAGUAUUAGAGAAGAAAGAUAUGACUAUACGCACAAAAGUGUUACCCCCGGCCAUUAAGCGAAUGCUUCAAAGAAAAAAAGUUCUCAUAGUUCUUGAUGAUGUCAACGAUCCACAAGUUUUAAAAUAUUUACUAGGAGAGGAUGGUUUGUUUGGCCAAGGAAGUAGAAUCAUUGUGACAAGUAGAGAUAGGCAAGUGCUUAUAAAUGCAUGUGAUGAAGACAAAAUUUACGAGGUCAAAAUUUUAGAUAAAGACGAUGCUCUUCGACUCUUCAGCUUACAUGCUUUUAAACAAAAUAAUCCCAUAGAAGGAUAUAUUGGGCUAUCAAAAACCGUGGUAAGCUGUGUUAAGGGCAUUCCAUUAGUUCUCGAGGUUUUAGGUGCCAGUCUAUACAGAAAGACUAGUGUAGAAUACUGGGAAAGCAAGGUGGCACAGCUAAGAACAAAUGGUGGCGAGGACAUUAAGAAAUGUUUGGAAAUGUGCUAUCACGAACUAGAUCAGACACAAAAGAAAAUAUUUCUUGAUAUAGCAUGUUUCUUCGGACGGUGCAAAAGGGAUCUCCUCCAACAAACACUAGAUCUGGAAGAAAGAAGUGGGAUAGAUCGUCUCAUUGAUAUGUGUCUCAUAAAAAUUGUUCAAAACAAGAUCUGGAUGCAUGAUAUGCUACUAAAACUAGGGAAAAAAAUUGUCCUCCAAGAACACGUUGACCCUAGAGAACGUAGCAGGUUGUGGAAGGCUGAUGAUGUCAAUCGUGUAUUAACAACUCAGGGGACUAGAAAAGUGGAAAGCAUAAUCCUCAACUUGCUUGCAAUUACUAAAGAAAUGAUCUUAAGUCCUACAGCAUUUGAAGGGAUGUCUAAUUUAAGAUUGCUCAAAUUCUAUUAUCCACCUUUCUUUGGGGAUCCCUCAAAGGAGCAAAUUAUGAAUCGAAGGAGGGUCAGAAUCCACCUUCCUCAAGGGCUUCACUUUCUUUCCAAUGAACUAAGGAUUCUCCAUUGGUCUAAUUACCCUUUGAAAUCCUUACCAUCAAAUUUUUGUCCUGAGAAACUUGUUGAAUUUCACAUGCAUUGUAGCCAGCUUGAACAACUCUGGAAUGAAUUCCAGCCACUUGAAAAUUUGAAAGUAAUGAACCUCCGUUCCUCCUCAAAGCUGAGCCUAAGUGAUUCAGACUUGUCUAAAUUCCCAAAUCUUGAGGUUCUAAAUCUGGGACAGUGUAGAGGUUUAGCUGGUUUACCUUCCUCUAUUAAAUACAGCACCAGACUUACUGAAUUGAUCCUUUACCGUUGUGAUAGUUUAUCUACUUUGCCAUCAUCAAUUGGAUGCCUCUCUCAGCUUGUUAAAUUGAAUUUAUUUUUCUGUAGAAGUCUUGCUAGUCUACCAGACAGCAUUGGUGAGUUGAAAUCUCUUAAAGAUCUUUAUCUUUAUUCUUGCUCAAAAUUAGCAAGUCUUCCAAACAGUUUUUGCGAGUUGAAAUGUCUUGCUAAGCUUAAUCUUAUUCGUUGCUCAGAACUAGUAAGUUUACCAGACAACAUUGAUGAGUUGAAAUCUCUUGUAGAGCUUAAACUUUUUUCUUGCUCAAAACUAGAAAGUCUUCCAAAUAGCAUUGGCGGGUUGAAAUGUCUUGCAGAGCUUUGUCUUUCUAACUUUUCAAAGCUAACAAGUCUACCAUGCAGUAUUGGUAAGUUGAAAUGUCUUGUGAAGCUUAAUCUUAGUUAUUUCUCAAAACUUGCAAGUCUGCCGGACUGCUUCGGCGAGCUGAAAUCUCUUGUAUUGCUUCAUAUUUCUUUUUGCCCAAAACUAGUAAGUCUUCCAAACAGUAUUGGUCAGUUGAAAUGUCUCGCAGAGCUUAAUCUUAGUGGAUGCUCAGAACUAGCAAAUCUUCCAAACAGCAUCUAUUAUCUGGAAUCUCUUAAAUGGAUUAACCUAGAACGUUGCUCUAUGCUGAAUAAAUCCCCAGUACUGAACCCGAGGUGUUCAGAAGUAGAAGAAAUAGCAUUUGGUGGAUGUCUCCAAUAUUUGAAUUUGGGGGCUUCUGGCGUGUCAGAAAUUUCCGGUAGCAUAGGCUCUUUGGUGUCGCUGAGAGAUUUGAGAUUAUCUUGUAAUGAUUUUGAGAGGAUACCUGCAAACAUCAAGCAACUUCCCAUGCUAAUUAAACUCGAUUUGCAUGGUUGUGAGAGGCUUCAACAUUUACCAGAGCUUCCAUCGAGUCUACAGGUUUUAAUCGCGUCAUAUUGCAUCUCUCUAAGAUCAUUAGCAAGUAUAUUCAUACAAGGUGAGAAAGAUUAUGAAGCUGCUUCUCAGCAAUUCAAUUUCUCUGAUUGUCUCAAAUUGGAUCAGAAUGCAUGCACUCGAAUUAUGGAAGAUGCCCAUUUAAGAAUUCGACGCAUGGCAUCAUCUUUGUUUAAUCGGGAAUAUUUUGGUAAGCCAAUUAGAGUUAGGCUGUGUAUUCCUGGGUUGGAAGUCCCGGAGUGGUUCUGUUAUAAAAAUACAGGAGGACCUUCAUUAAAUAUUCCAGCUCAUUGGCACCGUACUACUAACAGUGAUCAGUUCCUGGGAUUCACCUUCUGCGCUGUUGUUUCAUUUGGCCACAGUAAGAAAAAGCGUCCCGUUAACAUUAGAUGUGAAUGCCAUUUGAUAACCCAAGGUGGAAACCAGAGUGAUCUCAAUUUCUACUGAUAUGAAGAAGUUGAAAGAAAGGAGCGGAGUUUAUGGGAAAGGGAUCAGAGCGGAGUUUAUGGGAAAGGGAUCAUGUUUUCAUCUGGAGUAUCAACUCUAACUGCUUUGUAAAGGAGGCCUCGUUUCAUUUCAAACCACUGUGGGGAACUGCUGAUGUGGUGGUUAAGUGUGGAGUCCAUCCACUGUUUGUCCAAGACUGUUGAUGAAUCCUCUGUUAUUUCACUUCCUAGGAUCAUAAUUGGGUCUUAGCCUUCUUGAGUUUUUCACCUGUGCCAUUCAAAGAAUUUGCAUGGUCUUAGCCUUCACUUAUGCUUCUUGGGCUGGAACUGUACAGGUGACGUCUCAAGUGUCUUGGAGGUGCCUUACGAUUGUUCCGCUGAGGCAGACUUGCGGCAUUCACUUAUCGUUAAAGCUAGUUUCGAGAACAAUCGAUUCCAGAAGUCAAGGAAGCAACCAGAGACUUCAAGCAAACAUGUUGAUUGGUUUUGAUAUUGAAACACCCAGUACAUUCGUAUUAACAUUUUCACUUUCAGAUUUUGUGUUCUGCUUAGGAUUCAAAACUCAACACUAAAGUUCAAUGCGUGAGAUUUUCUGAUAUCAUUCAAUUGGACAUCUCAACUCCUUGAAUUAUGUAUCCUUUAAGUUCUCUGAAUGAUGUGUCCCCUGCUUCCUUGAGUGACAUGAAGGAUUUGUAUGGUAUAUUUGCAGUUCAGGCAUGUCAAAGUUUCAUGUUUUUGUUCUUUUGGGGAUGUAUGGUUUGUACUCCUCUUAUUAACUUUAUGUUCAUUGUGAAUGAAACCAAAGUAGAGUAUAAAAACACUAUUUUCA